GCAUCAUUGCGUGUAUUUUGUGGCACCAGGAUCUUGGUGAGAAGCCCCUGAGCCUGGGUUUCAGGAAAGUGAUUCACUCCCAGGAAGGGUUAGUGGGGCGAAAAGUGUCUAGUCUGAGGAGGCAUCCAGGAUCCCCUUCCGAAGCGGCCCCAGAGAUAUUUCAAAGAGCUUAGACAUGGAGAACUCCUCAGUAGCCUCUGCUUCCUCAGAGGCUGGAAGUAACCGUUCGCAGGAGAUAGAAGAGCUGGAACGAUUUAUUGACAGCUACGUCCUAGAAUACCAGGUUCAGGGGUUACUUACAGACAAACCCGAAACUGAUGCCGACAGUGAAAAGACACCGCCAAACUCACAGUGGAAUGAAGACUUCACAGACACACUAAAUGUAAACUGGUCCUCCCCAAAGGAAAAGAACUCCCGCAAACAAAUCAAUCAGAACUGUAACCAAGAGACAUCUUAUGAUAUUCUGGGGACCGAUAUCUGGGCAGUUAACACCUUUGAGCAUGUCAGUGGAGCAACAUGGGAUCUGCAACCUGAGAAAUUAGAUUUCACCAACUCGUUUCAUCGAAAGCAUUUACAAAACGCUUCCAAGUACCUCCCCCACAUUGAUCGAGAAGGGAUGGUGAAGGGGAAGUUUGAAGAGGAUGGAAACAUUACCUUGAAUGACCUGGACAAAGUGCUUCCGGUGCGGCAGGUGUACCAGCCAUUGUCUAAUGAAGCUGAAAUUGCACAGACUAAAAAGCUAUUCAGGAGGCGACGGAAUGACCGGAGAUAUGUUUACAUCAACCAAGAGAAGCUAACGGUGGUCCUUCCAGCCAAUGAGAGAAGGUCCGGUGAAAGGAGACAGCAAAGAACUCCAGGAGGAAACAAAGUGCAGCAACAACAUGGAGAGCAUCAGCCGAGCCACAUAAAACACAACCGGGAUCACUCGAGACAGUACCAAACUCCAGCGCCACACGCUGCAGGAAAGCAGGGUCCACCAAAUCAUGGCUACAGCCAGCAGCGCCGAUGGCAGCACAACCAGAGACACUCUCCUAACGACAAGGAAUUGAACAAGAAUGCCAAAGACAGCAGUAAUGUUCAAAGUGAGGAUACCUCACACAGCCCUGUCCAGAUGACAGGGGAGAUGCAUAAGCCUACAGAUCCACCCAGCAGUCCAACUCAGCAGAACCUCCAGAACUCUGAAAUAAAACAGAGAGACAGCACUUCAGAUCGGCAGGUGGAUCAACCGAAAGUUAAUCUGUUGGAGUCUUCCAAAGAUAGACUGAAAAGAAGGCUGAAAGAAAAGGACGAAAUUUCCUUGGACACAACAAACCCUCAGAAAACCAAAAUGGACAAAUUGAUAGAAAUCCUCAACAGCAUGAGGAACAACAGUAGUGAUGUGGACUCCAACCUCACCACGUUCAUGGAGGAGGCACAGAACUCUACCAACUCAGAGGAGAUGCUAAGCGAGAUAGUUAAAACUAUUUAUCACAAGGCUGUAACGGACAGGAGUUUUGCUUCAACUGCUGCCAGAUUGUGCGACAAAAUGUCUCUCUUCAUGGUGGAAGGAACUAAGUUCCGAAGCUUGCUUCUCAAUAUGUUGCAGAAAGAUUUCACGGUGAGGGAUGAGCUGCAGCAGACGGACGUAGAGCACUGGCUUGGAUUCAUCACAUUUCUCUGCGAAGUUUUUGGAAUAAUGCGAAGCAACACAGGAGAGCCCUUCCGUGUGCUUGUCUGCCCUAUUUACACAUGUCUACGAGAGCUGUUACAAUCACAAGAUGUCAAAGAAGAUGCUGUUCUGUGUUGCUCGAUGGAGCUGCAGAGCACAGGCAAGCUGCUGGAGGAACAGCUGCCAGAGAUGAUGACAGAGCUGCUGGCAGCAGCACGCGACAAGAUGCUUGGCCCCUCAGAAUCGGCGUUGACGCGAUCCCUCCUUCUCGAAGUCAUUGAGCUACACGCCAAUAACUGGAACCCGCUGACCCCCACCAUCACGCAGUACUACAACAAAACCAUCCAGAAACUAACUGCUUAAAAAAAGAAAAAAAUAAACAGGGGGGAAAAAAAGAGAAAACAGGAAGAAGGAGGAACAAAAUAUAGGAAGGUGCUGUCUUUUUUUAUAUAUAAAAAAAGACUCUUUACUGGAAAGAAGGGGAAUGUAUUAGAUAAGAAGAGGAAUGGAAAGAUAAGUCCCAGCAUGCAGAGAAUCAUUUUCGGGGCGCGUUCUUUCAUUCAAGUGCCAAGCCUCCCUUUCCCCCUCCUGUGCUUUUGAUUGUAGUUGAUCCAUUGACAGCACAGCAACUCAUGGUUUGUGGAGGGCUGGAGCUAGCCUGGUAUUGUGCUGAGUGUGUGUAUGUGUGUGCGCUCUGUGUGCUUUUUUUGUUCUGCCAUUGUGACAGCCGUCUUGCUAAGCAAUUGGCAGAAGGUGACACUCAGCAGAUGGCCUGGCAGGACAAUAGGAAGCACGUUCUAUGCCAGGCUUGAAAAUCAAUUACUUCAUGCAGGGCUGGUUUUAAGUUGACCUUUUUUUUUGUUUUAUACACUCUUUCUAAUUGCUCAAAUUCUAGGAAAGGAAACAAGGAAAAAUAAAAAAGAUCGAGUUUACAUUGGAACUUCAGCUGCAUGUUCUUUUUGUACAAAGCUGAAAAUUUUAAUUUACUCAGCUUCCAAAACAAUUUCUUCCAGAAGAUUCUGAAGCUAUGCAUUUGGGUUAAGUGACUGAAAGUGCAGGUUUGAAUCCUUCAAUGUUGCAUUUUGAUUGAAGUGUGAGAUGGUGGUCCCUGGGUACCAGAGCAAAUCUCCCAGUACUUGACCGUGUCCCGGUGCUGUGAUUGAUAAAGGCUAAAUGAAGACUUGACUUGGCCUCAUACACUAAAAUGGGCAAUGGUAGAUCCAGUAUCUAAAGCUAAGAAGGGACAACAUGGAUUAAAUGUGAAGUACCUGCUAAUAUAUUGCUAACGGGAGGAUAUUCCCCUAAGUUUACAGUAUUCUAUUUAGACUGCAAGUCUACAAUUCAUUUAAUGUAAUUAUUGAUUUUUUUUCUCAAAACAGUUUACCUACAUCAACCAGUAAAAUAAUUCCCAGUAUUAUUUCUGGCUCAGUCACAUGAUGAGCACGGAGAGCCACCUUCAUGAUACUUCUAGCAAAACCAGUUUGAGAAUGGCUCUAACCUUGAUUAUUAUGUCAGGUGAUGAAUAGCCUGGAGUAUGCUCAAAGUAUCAAACAAUGAUAAACAGGUUAUCUGCUCAUUAUCACAUUGCUAUUGUGGGAACUUGCUGUGCACAAUUUGGCUGCCACUUUUUCUACAUUACAAAAGUGACUACACUUCAUAAGUACUUCAUUGGCCAUUAAGAGCUUUGGGAUGUCCUGAGGUUGUGCAAGGCGCUAGAUAAAUGCAAGCCUGUCUUUUUUUAUGUUAUAAAAUGUUGAAAGUUCAGUUUUACAGCUUCUGGCUUUGAACUCCACAGUAUGUUGCUGCCUCAUAACACACUACAGACUCUGUGUUAACUUGUGUAAUAAAUGCUGACUGAAUUAUCUUGCACAAUAAGUGCUAAGUGAAUCAUUUUGUGUAAGAUGUGCUGACCGCGCUGUCUUAUGGUAAUCAUCUUGAUUAUCAUUCAACAAUCUGACAAUGAUUGAUUAUUGUUAUUGGCAUCAUUCAAUUGUACAAAGCAUCCAAUCAUCGUUCUCUGGUAGACUCCUCCUGACAGGGAAAGGGAGAAAACUGAACUCUAUGUAUUAUAACAUAUAGUUGGGAGCAUUUAUAAACAAGGCUUCUUGGUCAACUGUAUGAAGAUUAACACAUUUAUAGCCUCCACUACCAGUUGUAAUGUUGCCAAUGGCUUUGUCGGAUGGUAGACUCUUAACAAAGUGAUAGGAAAUCAGGUUUAACUUGGAGAAUGAAUGAGAGCAGUCUUGCUGUUGGUUAAAUCUUUUGAAGCCUGGUCAGUUUUUUUUCUGCAGUAAUGAUGAGCAGGUUUUGUUACAGAUAAGUCCAAGAUCUAAACAAUUUAAUGAAUGGAUUUGGCAGUAGCCACUUAUAUUUUAACGGUGUGCAGGAGCAGAGCACCACUAACUAUGUGGCACUUCCUCUGUUUCAUUUUACAUUGUUGCAGUACAACUAGAGGCUAAUAUUUAGUUCUGCCCUUAGAUCCAAACUUCAAAAUCCCAUGGAGAUUUGAGUGAAAAUACCACUGUAGGUGUGAAUUUUCCAUUCUUUGCACUAUGGUAUUCUGCGAGGAGUGGGAUAUUGAAGUCAGGAUGGGGAUGGAGGUUGACUUUAAUUUGUUUUCACAUGACAUUAAUGGGGCGGUAACUGCCUCAAACUAGGGUUGUUAGCUGUAUCACCCUUUUAAUCACAAUGAUAAGGCCGAUGCUAACUUGAAAGGCACCCAUCAUUGGCACCCAAGCGCCAAUCCUGUUUCAGGGGUUAGAGCCCUUUUAAUGUGCCCUGAUUUUUUUUUUACUCGUUAACUGAAUUU